GAAGGGACAUUGAUGAUUGCCCUUCAGGUAUUUAUUCCUUAUAUAAUAGCUGGGUUUGGUACAGUUGGUGCUGGCAUGGUAUUAGAUGUGGUCCAACACUGGCCAGUGUUUACUGAGAUCUCAGAAGUUUUUAUACUUGUGCCAUCACUACUUGGUUUAAAGGGAAAUUUAGAAAUGACAUUGGCAUCAAGACUUUCUACUCAGGCCAACUUAGGAAAGAUCAAUUGUAAGAAAGAACUUUGGAAGAUGAUUUUUGGAAAUAUGGCUUUAGUUCAAGCACAAGCAAUUGUUGUUGGCUUUAUGGCAUCUGUUGCUGCUAUGGUAUUCGGUUGGAUCCCUGAAGGAAAAUUUGACCUACACCAUGGAUUGUUGUUGUGUGCUAGCAGUAUAUUUACUGCAUCAAUAGCCAGUUUGAUUUUGGGAGCAAUAAUGGUAGCAGUUGUUAUUUCAUCAAAAAAAUGUAAUAUUAAUCCAGAUAAUGUUGCUACACCUAUUGCAGCAAGUUUAGGAGAUUUGAUUACAUUGUCUCUUUUAGCCUUUGUCAGUCGUUUGUUAUAUGAGGCUUUAGGGAAGGAUGUUUGGCUUGCACCUCUAAUUAUAACAACAUUUGUACUUUUAAUCCCAUUGUGGAUAUAUAUUUCUGUGAAAAAUAAAUAUGUUAAUGAUGUUAUAUACUCAGGGUGGGUGCCUAUUUUAUCUGCAAUGCUAAUCAGCAGUGCUGGAGGCCUUAUAUUAGAUUUCACAGUCAAGACAUUUGAUGGUAUUGCAGUAUUUCAACCCGUCAUAAAUGGAGUAGGGGGUAAUUUAGUUGCUGUUCAAGCUAGCAGAAUUUCUACUUAUUUACAUCGUAAUAGUGUUCCUGGGGUUCUACCGGACAGUGAAAAAACUUGUGCCAAUCCUUUUAAAGUGUUCUGUGGGAAAAAUUCUAACGCUCGAGCUGCUAGAGCUCUUUUAUCUCUUGUUAUACCUGGACAAAUUUUAUUUAUUUAUGUGAUAUCAUACAUGAAAGCGGGCCAUACAUCUAUAACAUUAGUGUUUAAUGUGACUUACCUUACUGCUGCCUUUUUACAAGUUCUUCUUUUACUGUUUAUAGCUGAUUGGAUGGUUCAUCUUAUUUGGGUGAAGGGAGAAGAUCCAGACAAUGUUGCAAUACCAUACCUAACUGCUAUUGGAGAUUUGUUAGGAACUGCUUUCCUUGCACUAGCUUUUGCAUUUCUUUAUGCUAUUGGUGAUCGUGAUUCUGAUGUUGGUGAAUAAAUUGUAGUGAUUAUUUAAGUCAAGUUAAGGAGAAUUAAAUUUCAAGACUGGGUAUGUUCUUGUCUAACUAUUUAAUCUAU